AGGUGACAUAAGAUGGAUGGUUUAUAUCCGCAACAAUUACCAUCACUCGAGGCUGGUGCUAUUAAUUUCUCCGAUAAACCUAGGGGCAUGAGAGUGUAUAUUGAUAACAUGUCAUACGAGCUCCAAUAAAAUGAUCGAUAAUUAUCGCAAGAUCAACUGGGUCGCUUGGCACAAGGUGUUCAUGCCGAAGAAUUAUGGGGGUGGGCUGCCUUAGAACGAUGAACAUGGCGCUUAUAUCUGAAUGGUGGUGGCGUUGGAGGACUAUAUCAGUUAAUCUUUACUCGUACUCUGUUUUUUUUUUUUUUUUUCUUACAGGAACUACUCGUGCUUUCAAAGAGAAAAUGGGUACCGUGAGCACAACAACAUUAUCUAAAGGGGAAUUGUCAAAACAGAAACCAGAGGCCGGACCACCCAAGCAGCACAACAAUCAACACUGAUGUCUGUUGCUUAAGGACUCAAUCAAGUUCAAUCAAAAUGGUUCCCCUUGUUCGGAAAUCUGCUAAACUGGUGUGUGCUAAUCGAUGCAAUUUCUUAGAGGUUAUAAGUUCGACCCACAAGGGUAGCGCCAAGUGAGUGCAACUAUAGCCAGGUGGAAAUAUAUUAUUUCAAAUUGAAUUCGAGUUUAGAUUUAAAAUUUCAGAUUUUGUAUAACCCAAUUCCAUUAUCUUAAGUGAUAAAUGAUGGCAUGAAUUAUUCAUAGAAAUUACGAUUUACUCCUUCGUCAGUCGCACAUUGUUGGUGAAGUGCAGUUGAUUGUUAAUCACUGCCUCUUGGGUGUCCCCGGAGUAAGAAAAGAGGAGCUAAAGCGCGUUUUAAGCCACCCUCAGGAUGAUUUAGAUAACAUUACCCGUUUUCUAAUACUACCAAGAGAACCUAUCAUUGUUUUCUAAUACUACCAAGAGAACCUAUCAUUCCGGGGGAACAGACAAACCCCAUAAGACGAGCAUUGUCUUUACAUUAGAAGAAGGGCCGGGGUGUUGUUUAAAGCAUUAGCGGUGUUUGCUCUAAGGGAGAUCAACUUCUCCCAUUUCAAUUCAACAUAUUGAAACUGUCAAGAAUUCAAAUGGUUGUUUGAAGGUUAAACAUCACGAGAAUAAACUGCAUAAAAACAAUAAUUAUACAGUGAUACGCAUCAACCCAGUGGAAGCGGCCCAAACGUACUAGAGGAAGAUAGCCCAGUCGAUGAGCCCAAGACCCGACCCAAGAGGCAAAUGAGGAUUCCUAAAAAGCUGCAAGACUAGGUCGGCCAGAUUGCUUGGAGUUGUUAGUUACCAUUCCAUUAUUCACGUUUCCCAUUUUCCAGCAUGCAUUUAGGAUGUCUACCAUUAUCCAUACAUUUAGGAAUCAUGCAUCCAUGUUCAUCCUUUAUUUCUGCAUUGCAUUUGUAUUUAAUCACGUUUGGUUUUGCAAUAGAAAAUCAUCAGAAAAUUGCCCCAAGGCUUGAUCUUUUCUCUCUACUUGUUCUUGAGUUUGAUCCACUUACGGAUUACUUACCAAUUGGUGCUUUCAUUCCCGAAUCACCUCCCCACCAUGCCAUGCCGCCCCGCAAAGACACCACCGGAGACGACCUUCCCCCCACCGUUUCCGAUCAACUGUCACAACUUAUUAUCGCCACUAACAGCUCGUCCUCCCAUACUGCCGCCCAGCUCACCGCCCUCAUCGAGACCACCACUAACCUAGCCACCCAAAUCACAAAACUUACCGAUAACAUCACCACUGAUUCAUUUCGCAACGGCACUCCCAAAUCCACCGAUGAUAGCUCUUCAUCCAACAACCGUCGCCCCACUCCUAAACCUCCAAAAAUUAACCUUCCGUUAUUUGAUGGAUCGAACCCGUUGGGAUGGAUCUUUCAAGCCGAAAACUACUUUUCAUAUUACAAAGUCCCACCCGAAGAACGCAUUGAACUCACCGCCUUUCACUUGGUUGGUGACGCGUUGUCAUGGUAUCAAAACCUGGCACACAACGACCUUCUCGGUACAUGGCCGACCUUUAAGAGGGACCUCGAGUUGCGCUUCGGACCGUCGACCUAUGAAAAUCACAAAGCCACCCUCUUUAAACUACAGCAAACAGCAUCUGUUUCCGAGUAUCAAACGGAAUUCGAACGUGUUAGCAAUCGCGUUACGGGUCUCUCACGAGAGGCUUUACGAGAUUGUUACAUCUCCGGAUUACGUGCCGACAUUCAGAAUGAAUUAGCCUUGCAUAAGCCGGCAUCUCUUCAUGCAGCAUGUGCACUCUCUAGGUUAAUUGAGGAUAAGUUAAACCCGAACCCAAAGCCCAAGACUUUUUCCUAUAACAAACCCACCUAUACUUCCUGGGCCCCAUCCUCAUCGUCAUCUUCCACAAUAACAUCCCCUCCCCAAUCAAACCCUAAACCAUCACCGCCGCUACUACCCACACCCAUGAAAUCAUCGUCGUCUCUACCGGUUACCCGCCUGUCGCUGGAAGCCAUAGCCCAACGUCGAAAGGACGGCUUAUGUUUCAGGUGUCCUGAGCGCUACACCCCGGGCCAUAAAUGCUCGCCUCCGCAGUUCCUUUUUAUCGUCGACAACGACGACACGGACCCGAUCCUACCGAGACGGAACCAACACCAACCACCGAUCAACCACACCCUAAGAUGAUGUCGUUGUCAGACGCCGCUUUCUUCGGUUUAGCUUCCACCCAGACACUGCGUGUAACGGGUUACAUAGCAGGGAAGCCGGUAACCGUCCUCGUGGACUGCGGCAGUACCCACAGCAUCCUUCAACCUCGUGUCGCUUCACAACU